AUGGCUCCGUCUCCUGGUACGCCGGUGGGGGGGGAGCGGCCUUCACGGCGUGCUGCUCCUGCUGCGGGUGGUGGUGUGCCGAUGGAGGUCGAUGGGCCUCCCUCCGCCGCCGGCGGGCCAGAUGUUGCUAUGCCAGCUGCAGGGCCGGGGCGCUUGUUCUGUCCCGUGUCUGGUUGCCCCUGCGGCGAUGCCGCGCGAUGUGCUGGCUGGACGAGCGAGACAACUCUCCGGCGACACGUGGACCUCCACCUAACCGGCCAUCUGGCUGGGGAUGUGCCUGCUGCUUGGCUUCAGGCCCGGCAUCGCACCCGGUGCUCUGUUGGUGGCACUGGCGUGGCUACACGCUUUGGGGUGCAUCCAACCUGCCGGCCUGAGGCCCGUGCUGCUGCACCUGGUGGGGAGGCCAGAGCGCCUGCUCUUCCAGCUGGUGAGGCGCUGCCGUCGUUUGAGGCGAUCCAGGCCGGGCAAACCCCGACUCUCCGGCACGUGCCUCAUAGUGCUCGACCUGCUUGGGCCCAGCUUCUCACCCGGAGCCUGGCCGCAGUGGCCACCUACAAUGAUGAGCGGUCCUGGGCAGAGCUGCUGAUGCUUCCUCAGACUGUUCUGUGUGCGCCGGCUCGUGGUGGCCGCCGUCAUCAGAAAGCCCUCGCCGCUUUCACUUUAGAGCGGAUCCAGCGAUGGCAAGAGGGGGAGCGUGCUGCUCUUUGGGCUGCCCGCCCCAAGCCACGGAAGCGGUCCCAGACCGGACCUAGCCAAGAAGAGAGGCAGGAAUUCGCAACCAGCCUGGCAAGGGAAGGGUUUGACAAAAAGGCCUGUGCCGCACUCCUUUCUCAGGGCCUUUGUCCCACAACCCCCGAGACUGUCAGCGCUUUGCAAGCCCUGCACCCGGUUGGGCCCAACCCUUCCGGGCCUGCUAUGGCUGACCUGCCUGUUGCGCCGACCCUUGAUGUAGAACUGGUGGUACGAGCUCUUCGCUCCUUUCCUGUUGACACCGCCCCAGGUCCUUCAGGCCUGCGGGUCCAACAUCUCCGGGAAUGCCUUCAGUCUGGUGUCGGUGACGGCUUGUUGGAUCAGCUCACUGCAGUUGUUAACCUGCUGGCUCAAGGCCGAGCCUGCCCUGCUGUGAUGCCGCUGCUGGCCGGUGCCGGGCUGAUCGCCUUACCCAAGCCAAGUGGAGGUGUCCGGCCCAUUGCCAUAGGGGAAAUUCUCCGCCGGCUUACAGGGAAGUGCCUGAUGCAGGUGGUUCGUGCAGAAGCCCGAGACUACUUCUGGCCGGCCCAACUUGGUGUGGCUGUCCCAGCCGGAGCCGAGGCUGCAGUACACACUGUCCGGGCGUGGCUGGCUCGACACACUGCUGCCGUCAACAAGGUGAUUGUGAAGCUGGACUUCCGGAAUGCCUUCAACCUUGUCAAUCGUGACGCAGUUCUGCAAGAGGCCCGUCUCCGGUUUCCGGCUUUGGCCCGCUGGGCUACAUGGUGCUAUGGUGAGCCCAGCCGUUUGCAGUAUGGACCGGCCACUCUGCAGUCCUGUGUGGGAGUCCAACAAGGAGAUCCCUUAGGCCCUUUACUUUUUGCAGCAGCUGUGCACCGGCUUGCCCUAGACUUGAAAGCAGGGCCGCUGGACCUCUCCAUGUUCUACUUGGACGAUGGCUUGCUUGCAGGGGACAUUGGUCCUGUGGCCAACGCCCUUCACCACAUUCAGCAGCGCGCCGCAGAAUUGGGUCUGCAUCUCAACCUUCAAAAGUCUGAAGUGGUUGCUGUGGGAGCUAUCCCGGAUGGCACCUUUCCUGGCCCCCUGCCCGCAGCCCUUUGUGCUACCCCUGAUGGCGCCAGCCGGGUGGUGCGCGAUUUUGAAUUCCUGGGCGCGCCUGUGGGCUCCGAUGCUUUCUUGGAUGGCCAUACCAGCCGGCGAGUUGAAUCAGCCACAGCUUUGCUAGAUGCCUUGGGUGCGCUGGCGGACCCUCAGGUGGCCUUGCGGCUGCUGAGGAGCAGCGCCGGCUUUUGCCGCAUGGCUUACAGCAUGCGAUGCAGCCCUCCCACUGCUCAACAAACCGCUUUUGCUGGGCUUGAUUCUUUGGUUCACCGGUGCUUCAGCUCCUUUACCGGGCUUCACCUGACCGACGAGCAGUGGCAACAAGCCACCCGCGGCUUGCGCCAUGCCGGGCUUGGGCUUCGCUCAGUGCACUCCCAUGCUCCCGCUGCCUUCCUUGCUUCUCUUGGUGGUUUUGCGCACAAAUGUCAGGAGUUGGACCCCAAUUACCCCACUGAUUUGGGUACUUCACCUGAGGCUUGUGGUGCAGUGGCUGCUUUCAAUGCCCAGCUGCCCCAGGCUGCACAUGUGACGCUGUCCGCUGCUCUUGGCAAACGGCAGGCGGACCUCAGCCACCUGUUGGAUGCAGCUGGCUGGGAGGCCCAACUAGCUUCGUCUUCUGCCAUGGCAAAGGCUGGCUUGCUUUCUGAGGCCGAACCUGGUGGGCGCGCCUUUCUAACAGCCUUGCCUGCUGGACGAACCCGCAUGGAGCCCGCCCACUUUGUUUCUGAAGUCCGUGCGCGGCUCGGGGUUCCACAUGCCAGCCACGAUGCUUGGUGCCCACGCUGUGACGCUGUGCUGGACCGGCAUUCGGUCCACGCCAGCAUGUGUGUGGCCGGUGGAGAGCGCAACCAGAGACACAACAGCUUGCGCGAUCUUGUGCACGGCUGGGCUGAGAAGGCCGGGCUCCAACCAGAGAGGGAACGAGCUGGGCUUCUGCUGCCGCAGAGCCCUGAUGAUGCUUCAUCGGCCAGGCGCCGACCUGCUGACCUGUACUUGCCUUCCUUCCAUGGGCGGCCAACCGCAUUUGACUUCGCCGUGACGGCGCCCCAGCGGUUGGAUGUCCUGGUUGAGGCUGGCCGGGGUGGCGGGUCUGCAGCCAGUGCUUAUGCUGACGUGAAGCGGCGGCACCUUGACACAGCCAAAGUUUGUGAACAACAUGGCGUGGCCUUUGUGCCUCUGGUUGUCGAAACCAGUGGCGCGUGGGCGCCCGAGGCUUCCAAGAUCCUUCACCAGCUCUCCCGGGCAGUGACUUUGAGGCAUGGCGGGUUUGGCCCUCCUUUGGGUGGACCGACUCUGCUGGAAGAGGCUUCUGUCCUGGUCCGGUGCUGGCGUGCCCGGGCUACUUUGCGUCGCCGUGCUGAAUUGGAGGCCAUGGCUUCGCUGGGUCUGGAAGGAAAAGAGGUAGAGAAUUUGUUCCGGAGGUUUGAUCCUGACAAGAGUGGCUUCCUGGACAAGGAGGAAUUCUUUGCAUAUGCUGCCAAAGGAACCAGUGAUCUCCACGCCUUGCUGAAGCGUGGCUUGGCCGCCGCAGAUGAAAAUGAAGACACGAUCCUCAAGGCCUUUGAGGCAUGGGAUGUGAACCAGGAUGGCAGAAUCUGCAAGGACGAGCUGGAGCGCGUGUUGGUGAUGUUGAACCCGGCCUUCACCAAGAAGGAUUUGACGAAAUUGAUGAAGGCAAUGGAUGAGAACGAAGAUGGUGAGAUCGACUAUGAGGAGUUCACCACAUGGAUAUGCAACAGCCAUGGCCCGAGGAAAAAGUGA